UUUCGUAUUGUAUGGAAUAUCUCAAAAUACAGAUACAAAUGAUUAUAUUUUAGUUUUUAACUGGACAAGUGGAAAUGAAAAAAUUGAUGAUUUUAUUCAAGAAAUGCAAUUAAAAACUAAUAAAUAUAGAGAUGUUCUAUUUGAAUGGAUACCAUACGAUCAGUUUGAUCAAAUUAAAAAAAUAGACAAAACCGACCCUAUCACAACAAUAUAUUCAGCAGUAUGGAGAAAUGGUCCAUCAUAUACUAAUGGUUGGUGGGAUAAAUAUUAUAUAAGAGAUCAAAAUAGAAAAGUUUCUCUAAAAAUUUUGCAUAAUUUACAGAAUAAUGUAGAAUUUGUGAUAUAUAAGGCUAAAAAAUAUAUAACAAAAAAUUCAGUAAAAGAUGGGUUUCCUGUAUUGUAUGGAAUAUCUCAAAGUUCAGAUACAAAUGAUUACAUUUUGGUUUUUAACUGGACAAGCGGAAAUGGAAAAAUUGAUGACCUUAUUCAAGAAAGGCAAUUAAAAAUUAAUAAACACAAAGAUGUAGUAUUUGAGUGGAUAUCAUACAAUCAAUUUAAUGAAAUUAAAGAAACAGGCAAAAAUAAUUCUAUGACAGUAUAUACAGCAAUAUGGCAGGACGGUCCGUUAUACUAUCAGCAUGAUAAGUAUACAAGAGAUACAAAUAAAGAAGUUUCAUUAAAAUUCUUGCAUAACUCACAAAAUUCCAUAGAAUUUGUAAUAAGUUAGGUUAAAAAAUAUUCAACAAAAAAUGAUGAGUUUCUUGUAUUGUAUGGGAUAUCUCAAGAUCCAGAUACAAACAGUUAUAUUUUAGUACAAAAUAAUCCUAUAAAUCUCAGAAAUUGGAUAAUGGA